AUGUCCCUAAAUAUUAUUAUUGUCCCGAUAGUAUAUAUUUUAUCAAAUACGAUAAAUGAUGGUUUAGGCAUUUCACUUCCUUAUACACUUAAUUAUAAUAAACUAAAUAAUAAUAAGCCCUAUAUAUCCGAUGAUAUAUGUGGAAAAUUAGACAAUGAGUUAAAUAAUUACGAUGGUGUUUUCGAAUUUUGUGAGAAUUAUACAGGAAUUUUCGAAAAUUUUGCUAAAUUGUCAUUUACUGGUCAAUUCAAUCAUGAUUCAUGUACAAUUGUGAAGUUCUGGUUAUAUGAUCGUUUAUUUAAUUUACCAUUUAGGGACAAAAAAGUCAAUAAUGAUAUUAGUGAAAUUAUUCUUAAGCUAAAAGAAAAUUUUAAUGUGCCUGAAAAUGUUAAAAUAUGUGAUUUAUUUAAUUUUCCUCAUUUGAAAGAGGAUUUUGAUAAAAUGAAAAGUGUAUACGAUUAUGCUACAAAUUAUAGUACAGUUGAGACAUAUCUUAAUGAUAAAAGUUUUAUAUGCAAUCAAAAUUUGAGCAAUUAUAUUAAUGCAAAUUAUGAAAUAUAUAUUAAUACAAAAAAUAGUUGUAACAGUGAUAAUAUAAAAAAUAAGAAAUAUUGUAAAGUAUUUGAUUAUAUUAAAGGGGCUCAUAUAAAUGAAAACUACCCUUUAUCAUGUAAAGUAAAAGGCUUAGAAACUAUCAUUGAUACGGAAGGACAUAUUGUGAUAAGUAUGGAAAAAGAGUCAUCUGCAAUCUCAGAACAAAAAGAUUCUAUUCCAUUUUCUAAUAUUAUCAUGGCAGUUAUUUUCCCACUUUUAGGAAUUUUUUUCUUUUCAUUCAUUUUGUAUAAAUUUACUACAUUUAAAUCAUGGUUAAAAUCACAUUUAUUGAAAAAGAAAAUAAUUCAGAAUUACGAAGAUGAAGAAUAUAUGCAAGAACAUUUGAGUGAAAGUUAUCGCACAGAUGGACAUCAUAUAUAUUAUCAUCCUUCAUGA